AUGCUCCUAACUCGUCUCCUCCCGCCUUUCAUCCCCCAAACUCGCCCCUUCUUCCAUUGGCUCGACAUUGUCUUCAAUCGCGUCGACGAAGAACGAAGAAAAAUCGUGGGGCCCGAUAGGUCAUGUGCCGAGUGGUUGUUACGAAAUGGGGCUCAUGUCAAAUGGGAGCAUUGUAACGAAUUUCUCACAGACUAUAAUAAACUACCAAGUGACAGAAUUAGGUUACAUCUUGUGGAAGUGUACGCAUCGGAAGCCAGCAUAAUGCAUUAUGGUUUCGACCAUUUUGUUGGGUGUGAACACAUAAGAAAAAUUAUUUUCCACAAGUGUUACCAUUUGGAAAAUGAGGCGUUGAAAGGUUUAACCGCUUUAAAAAACUCCUUACUUUAUUUACAAAUCACCGAGUGUUUGAAUAUAACAGAGAGUGGCUUAAUCCACCUCAACACAUUAAACAAUCUAAAAGAGUUAAUUCUUGCAGAUUUACCCUACAUUAAAGAGAAGGAGAAAAUCCUCGAUAAAUUACAACACAAUCUGCCACAUUGUACGAUACAAUUUCAUUAAAUUUAAUCAACCUUCGA